AUGAUGAAAGAUUGCUGUGUCAGCAAUUGUCCCACCAAACCAAACCCCGCCAUUUACCGAAAUGUUCUGGAGCAAAUAAUCCUUACCUACUGCACUUUCUCGACAAGUCGUUUUGUUAUAAUGCCUACAUUGACAGAGUGCCAUCAAAUUUCAGAAGAGGGAAACGAAAAACUCAAGAAGUUACAAGAUGCCAUUUUGACUGGCAAAGCAGUUGUUGAGAUGACUGAGAGCAAUGGGAAUGUGAAAUAUGCGAAUGAAAGCCUUAAUGAUUAUGUUGUUCCUCUUCUAGAGGCCUUGAAGCUCAGUUCUAACGCCCCGCUUCAAGCACUUCGGCUACACUGCAUGGCGAAUUUCCACGCGUAUACCCAUCGCCAACAAAACCGGUCCUGA